CGUGCACCUCAUCCCGCGCCCGACUCGCACGGCGGAGAUCGCGCGCGCACCUCGCGGUGGUCCUGUGCAGUGAGUGCGCCGUCGUCCAGCGGGGGCAGUGACCGGUCGAGUGCGGCCGGUGGUGUGCGUGAACCGGUGCCAAUCAAUAGUGCGUACUACGAGAUGGGUGGGCCGGUCGUGGGGAGCCAGCGGGGCCGCCUCGCCACCGCCGCGCCGCGCGCCACGCUCCACCGCUGACUCAGGCCACCCCUGCCCGGCUAUGCACUCUGCCGCUGUCUGAUCGUCGUGUCAGAUGGUCGCCGUGCCCCGCUUCAGGAGACGCGUCAGGCACAAGCUCCGCAUCUCCAGCGAAGCCAUGCUCUGCUGCGGACGGAAAAAGGAUGGCAAUGAUCAGCCCGUGGACAUGGGACGAUCUCCGCGGCACAACCACCAGCAGGAGCAGGAGCAGCAGCAGCAGCAGCAGCAGCAGCAGGCCGGACCGCAGCCCGGCCCCAGCGGAAUGCCGCAGAUGGUCGUCCAAAAGGAUUUCAGGAAGGUUAGCGGGAUCUCGACCGAGAUCUUCCGCCAGAUCGAGACCAUCGAGAACGACAUGGACGCGUCGACGGCGGCGGCGCUGCAGGCCGUCGAGAAGCGCGGCGAGAUGCUCGUGCGCAUCCUCGACCCCAACCGGCUCUCCAAGAAGGCCUUCGAGAGCGCCAAGCGCUUCCUCUCCCUGCAGGACGGCCGGCACACGAUCCAGUUUGUGGAAAUUGUGAAGCGUCCCGGCCAGACGCUCGGGCUCUACAUCCGCGAGGGGAACGGCGCCGACCGCUCCGACGGCGUGUUCGUCUCCCGGAUCGCGCUCGAGUCGGCCGUCUACAACUCGGGCUGCCUGCGCGUCGGCGAUGAGGUGCUCGCCGUCAACUUGGUGGACGUGACGCGCAUGGGGCUCGACGACGUGGUCAUCAUCAUGUCGAUCCCGCGGCGACUGGUGCUCACCACGCGGCAGCGCCGGUUCCACCAGGGCGCCGAGAGCCCGCCGAUGGCCCGCAUUGAGCCUAAGCCGCCGCCCGUGGUCGUCAUCAAGAAGGAACUCGAGGAGGAGGAGCCGGAGCGCGCGCCGCCGCCGCCCUCGACGGCGCCGCCGCCGCUGCCGCCGCGCCGGCAGCGCAGCGCCGACGACUCGCCGUACGGCUACACGCGCUCGAUGGUGCACCGGGACCCGUCGGCGGCGGCCGCCUACCCGGACCCGUACAGCCGCGCGCGGCGCUCCCAGUUUGCCGGCGCCGCCAGCCGCAGCCUGCCGCCCAGCGACUCGUGGCACAGCGACGCCAGCUCCGUGACCUCGUACCAGCCGCCGCCGCCGGUGGUCACCGACCAGCCGCGCGGCUCGGCGCCCCUUUUCGCGCCCUACGAGCGCGGCGGCCCGCACCCGAAGACGCUCGAGUCGCUGGCGGAGCGCGUGCACGGCGGCCCGCUCGACUCUCUGGCCGGUAACGUGGAGUCUCUGUACGCGGCGGCGGCGCGUCGCGGCGGCUACGGCAGCUUGCCGCGCGGCGGGGGACACUACCGGGGCCGGGGGCGAGGCGCCGAGCGAGGCCGGGGGGUGACGCGCACCUACAGCGACCAGCGGCUGCCCCUGACCGACACUGAGCCGGCCGAGCUCUCCGUGCCGCCGGCCAUGCGGCCCAACUUCAAGACCUCCUCGCUGCAGUACCCGCUGCGCUACACGGACACCAUGAAGCGGCUGAGCGCCAUGCGCCGCCGGACGGCCUCGCUCGACUACGCCUCGGACUCGGAGGCGCAGCUGGCCGCUGCCGGAGGGCCGCGCAGCAACUCUCUGCCCCGGGACGGGCGCGCCGUGCUCCGCGGACGGCCGCGCUACGUCUCCGGCUACGGCUCGGCGGGCACGGCCGACAGCCAGGAUGAGAGCGACGGGGCCGUCAGCGCGCCCGAGCUGCUCACCAGGAGAGCCGGGCCGCCCAGCAUGCGUCAGGCGGGAGCCGCGUACGGCGGGGGUCCGGCUGACGCCAGCCAGUGGCUCUCACGAGCGCCCUCCACCAGUGCCAUCUACGAGCGGAUCCGGUCGCAGCGGGACGCGGCCGGCCUGCCGCCCAGCCACCGCGGGGUUCGGUUCACCUUCAGCGCAGAGAACCUGCACGGGGGAGUGGAGGAGUCGCCGUACUACUCGUACCGCCCCCAGCUGAGCACGCUGCGGGCCCAGGCGCCGGGUAUGGUGCAGCCCCGCCGGCCGCCGGUGGCCGCCGGGGCACCGGCGGACGCCGCCGGACCGCCGCUCUCACAGCGGCUGCGGUCACUGCUGGAGGAGCGCAGCAUCACGCCGACCCCGCAGCCGGGCCAGGCGUCUCGGUUCUCCGUGCUCAACAUCAACCCGGCAGAGUUCCUGCGGUACAAGUCGGAGCGACCGUCCAUGUCGAGCAGUGCCGAGGAGGGGCCCUCGGGGAUGCUCUGGGUGCACCUGCUCUCCGGGCGCGGUCUGAAGCCGGCCGGCAGGAUGCAGCACCUGCGCGACCUCUACUGCGUGCUCGAGUGUGACCACGUGCACAAGGCGCGCACGGUGAUCCGCACCGGCGACCUGGUGUUCGACUGGGACGAGACGUUCGAGCUGGACCUCAUCAACACGCGCGAGCUGGACUUCCUCAUCUACUCGUGGGACCCGCAGUUCCGGCACAAGCUCUGCUACAAGGGCUCAGUGUGCGUGGCCACGCUGCUGCGAGAGAGCAGCGUCUACCAGCUGGCGCUCAAGGUGGAGCCGCACGGCACACUGUACGUCAAACUGCGCUACACCGAGCCCAAGCGGUGCUUCGAGCGGGCGCCCAACCCGCGCCGCUCGGCGUUGUUCGGCGUCGACCUGGAGACGGUGGUGGCGCGGGAGAACUCGGGUCUCAGCGUACCGCUGAUCGUCAAACGCUGUGUGGACGAGGUGGAGCGGCGCGGUCUGGACAUUAUCGGCCUGUACCGGCUCUGCGGCUCGGCCACCAAAAAACUGCUGCUCCGAGAGGCGUUCGAAAAGAGCCCGCGCUCCGUCGACCUGUCGCCCGACAACGUGCCAGACAUCAACGUCAUCACCGGUGUUCUGAAGGACUACCUCCGCGAGCUACCCGAGCCACUGUUCACCAAAUGUCUGUAUCAGAUGCUUUGUGACGCCCUCUCCGUCUGUCUGCCCGACGACCCCGAGGGCAACGCCAAACUCAUGUUCUCCAUACUCGACUGUCUGCCAAAAAUCAACAGGUGCACGCUGCUGUUUCUGAUGGACCACCUGCGGCUGGUGGCCUCUCAGUCCGAGUGUAACAAGAUGACGCCGCAGAACGUCGCCAUCUGCUUCGGCCCGGUGCUGAUGCUGCACUCGGAGAUCGGCCGCACCGACAUCGACUUCCACAAGCCCAUCUCGGUGCUCAAGUACCUGCUCACCAUCUGGCCAUCAAAGUCAGUUCGGGAAGCAGCGGCAGCGACAGCAGGACCAGCUCGUCGCUCUCGUCUCUCACCACGCCCCCCUUCGUCGGCGCGGCGGGACGCGGCGCAGGAGCCGGCGGACCGCUCCGACCCAGCUACUACCGCCACCGACAGUGGCUCAGAGAGUCGCGAUUCCUCCCCGAAUCAACCUGCUGACACGCGCCCGCCGGCCGGCCGGCCGCCGGCGCCGCCGCCGCCCGGUCAGCGGCCGGCGCUCCCUCCGCGACCUCCGGGCCGGGUCCGCUCCCGGCACCCCUCCCGCAGCGAGGAGCCCGACCUGGGCUCCAGCGCGGGACCGCGGCCCGGACCCGGCUCGGGAGCGGGACCGGCCGGCGCGCCCAGCCAGCCCUUCCCCGGCCCGCCCGCCGCCCCCAGCUACAUGCGGCCAAAGUCGGACGUGGAUGUCGGCGGUGGUCGAGACGGCCGGGCCACGCCGGCCGAGAGCGGUUACGCCCGCGAGGGACGGGCCACGCCGGCGGAGGGUGGCUACACCCGGGAGGGACGGGCCACGCCGGCGGAGGGUGGCUACAUCCGGGUCGCGCCGGCGGAGAGCGGCUACACCCGGCCGCCACCGCCCGCGUACCCCGGCUCCGGCGACCCGUACGGACGGAGCACGCCACCGCAGUACGGGCGCGGUCAGGAGGCCCGGCCUCGGCCACCGUCCGGCUCAGAACCGACCAUCGGCGGCCGCGAGACGCACGAGGAGCUCAUGAAGGGCGUCAUCUCGGAGCUCCAGAGCAAGCGGCUCUCGGCGCGCAGCCUGGACGGCGACGGGGCGCCGGCCGACCGCGACCAGCGCCGCGAGCAGGAGGAGGAGCGGGAGGAAGAGGAGGAGGAGGAGCGGUUAGAUCUCACGUGA